AUGAACAAAGUGAAAGCUUUAUUCGAUGAAGUCGUGCAGAUUGUCAAGUCUGCGCUGGAAGGUGAGACCAAAACUCCGGCCGAGCGUAUACUGGACGAAUAUCUGCCUAUUGAGGACAACGUCUUGUCAGCAUUGACAGCAAGAAAUUCGCAACUGACAGCAAUCCCGACAUCCGUCAUAAUUGAUUUGGCAUCACGCACUUACAAUGUUGUAGAUUGUCCAUGUAUCCAAGAGAGAAUCUGGGAGAUUCUUAUUGACCAUCAGACUAAUCCAAACUUGAUGAAAAAGGCACUUAAUUUACUGCACUAUUUGCUUAUUAACGGCUCUGAGGAAGUUGUCAGCGAUACUCGAGCUCCUGCUCGGGCUUCAUUUCUAUCCGAUGUGGCGACGACAUACAACAAGCACGAAUUUGAACAGUAUGAAUUUAGUCAGAAUCUAGAUAUUGGCGCAGGAGCUCGUAAGACAGCAGCCGACAUCAAUGCGCUUCUUGAAAAUGACGAAGCUUUGCUGCAAGCUCGUCAAGAAGCCGAGGCACUGCAUCAGAAGCUGGCAUUACAAGGUCUGCGCAGCACAAACCGGCCGACCGAUGACGAAACGCGACACUGA